AUGGCACUCUUCCGCAAAGGCAACUCAUCCCCCGAGCCGUCGGGUCCUGGGAGGAAACCCUCGACGGUGUUAUGGCAUCGAGGGUUGCGCUCGCUGCUAUACCUACUGGCUUGGAUCUUCUUGCUACUCGUCUGCAUAGGCAAUAUCUCGAAUAAGCCUGUUCUGCGCGAUACCUAUUUCAUGAAACUCGACUUAACCCAUAUCAUUCCCAUCUCCGUCCCCAAUGCUGUCCUUAUCAACAGUAUUGCGCGGACCAUCGGAUUGCACGAUUUCUACCAGGUUGGGUUAUGGAAUUUCUGUGAAGGAUACGCCAAUGAGGGUAUUACGCAUUGCUCCGAUACUCAGAGCAUGUAUUGGUUCAAUCCUCUUGAGAUUAUCCUGAACGAAUUGCUUUCGGGGGCUACCAUUGCCCUCCCCGCGGACAUCACCGAUGCGCUUCAAAUCGCCCGUGUCGCCUCUCAUUGGAUGUUUGGCCUCUUCCUCGUUUCCACUGUCCUCUCCUUCAUCCUCAUAUUCCUCUCCCCGUUCGCUGUUUCCUCUCGGCCGCCGCAAACCAUCUCUCCCGACCCCUCUGUCAAUCAAGCUCACCCUCCCCACCACCGACGCACCUUCGUUCUCCUGCGCUCAUUCCCCUUCCUCCUCCUCACCUUCUUCACUGCUCUCUUCACCAUUGUGGCCUCCGUCGUCGCCACCGUCAUGUUCUCCAUCUUCAAAAACGUAUUCAUGUCGCAGAGCACCGAGUUCAACAUCAAGGCUACAUUGGGCACCCGCAUGUUGGCCUUCAUGUGGAUUGCAUCGGCAUUCAAUCUCAUUGCUUUCAUCAUCCAGUUUGGCUCAUGCUGCGCCUCGUGCUGCGGUGGCCGAAAGGCGCGUAAGCAGCUGAAACGUUCGCCCAAUGGCAGUAAUGGCAGUGCUUCCAGUGGUUCCGCUUCGCCAAUGCAUGAGAAGGAGGAUGGUCAAGCUUGA